GGUCAUAAAUAAAGAAAAGAGGACCUAAAUUUCGUAUUUUUUUCACGUAUAAAGCAAAGCAACUCUCUUUCGAAUUUGGAGGAUAUUAUAUUAGUCUAUAUUCUAUAUAGCUGGAAUUCCAAAACUAUUUUUGCUGUGUUUCGUAUCUGCUCUUUAUUUGUCUACAUUGGUGGGUCUUGACUAUUCAACUACUUUGUAUAUUUUCUUAUAUAAAAGGGAAACUAGUCUGUCUCAUUCUAUUUUUUUCUUAACUUGCUUGAAUUGAACUGAGGAGGGUGUUAAGCCAUUUGGGUUGUCUGUUUUAAGCUUGGAGUUGCUUCAGAAAUGGAUUGUCAGUGAUUCAGUGACACUCAAUGAUGGAUCUUGGAGGUGUUAUCAGUCACAAUCCAGUCAAGCAGAAAGAUUCAUGGAAGACAGUGUUAACCUUGGCAUUUCAGAGUUUAGGUGUUGUGUAUGGGGAUUUAAGCACUUCUCCUUUGUAUGUUUACAAAAGCGCUUUUGCUGAGGACAUACAACAUUCAGAGACUAAUGAAGAGAUUUAUGGGGUGUUAUCUUUUGUGUUUUGGACUUUGACGUUGAUACCACUGGUGAAAUAUGUAUUUAUUGUGCUUAGAGCUGAUGAUAAUGGUGAAGGUGGCACUUUUGCUUUAUAUUCAUUGCUGUGUAGGCACGCUAGAGUUAGUUCCUUGCCCAAUUGUCAAUUGGCGGAUGAAGAGUUAUCAGAGUACAAUAAAGAUGUGAUUUUAUCAAAUGAUAAAAGCCUUACCGGGUCUCGCUUAAAAUCCAUUUUGGAGAAGCAUAAAUUUUUGCAGAAGGUGUUGCUUAUUUUGGCUUUGAUUGGAACUUGUAUGGUCAUUGGUGAUGGGGUUCUUACACCGGCAAUUUCUGUUUUCUCUGCAGUGUCUGGGUUGGAACUGUCCAUGUCAAGGGAGCAACACCAAUAUGUUGAAGUCCCUGUUGCUUGUGCGAUACUGGUGUUUCUGUUUGCCCUUCAACAUUAUGGGACUCAUCGAGUGGGAUUUUUAUUUGCUCCUGUUGUGAUUACAUGGCUUCUAUGCAUCAGUGCAAUCGGUGUCUAUAACAUUUUCCACUGGAAUCCCCAUGUUUACCAAGCACUCUCCCCAUAUUAUAUGUACAAAUUUUUGAAGAAGACCCAAAAGGGAGGCUGGAUGUCCUUGGGAGGGAUUCUGCUGUGUAUAACAGGCUCAGAAGCUAUGUAUGCGGAUCUUGGGCACUUUUCACAGCUGUCAAUUAAGAUUGCCUUCAGCUUUGUGGUUUAUCCAUCUUUAAUCUUGGCAUAUAUGGGACAAGCAGCUUAUCUUUCAAAGCAUCAUACUAUUGAAAGCAAUUACAGGAUCGGAUUCUAUGUAUCUGUUCCCGAGAAAAUAAGAUGGCCUGUCCUAGCUAUAGCCAUUCUUGCAGCAGUUGUGGGAAGUCAAGCCAUCAUCACUGGAACUUUUUCAAUAAUCAAACAAUGCUCUGCUUUGGGUUGUUUCCCCAAGGUCAAAAUUAUCCACACUUCGUCCAAAAUACAUGGCCAGAUUUACAUUCCAGGAAUCAAUUGGACUUUAAUGUUUUUAUGCUUGGCUGUUACCGUUGGUUUUAGAGACACAAAACACUUGGGGAAUGCAGCAGGUUUAGCUGUUAUAACUGUCAUGCUGGUCACCACCUGCCUAAUGUCUCUAGUUAUUGUCCUAUGCUGGCACAAAAGCAUCUUCCUGGCCGUCUGUUUUAUAUUCUUCUUUGGCUCCAUUGAAGCACUCUACUUCUCAGCAUCUCUCAUCAAGUUCCUUGAAGGGGCUUGGGUUCCCAUUGCCCUUUCAUUGAUCUUCUUAAUUGUUAUGUAUGUUUGGCACUACGGAACACUCAAGAAAUAUGAAUUUGAUGUUCAAAAUAAAGUCUCCAUGAACUGGCUUCUGAGUCUAGGUCCAAAUCUCGGAAUUGUUAGGGUUCGAGGGAUUGGCCUCAUACACACUGAACUUGUUUCUGGAAUCCCUGCUAUUUUCUCUCACUUUGUCACCAACCUUCCAGCUUUCCACCAGGUUGUAGUCUUUCUCUGUAUCAAAUCAGUUCCAGUGCCACAUGUCAGACCUGAGGAAAGGUUCUUAGUAGGAAGAAUUGGUCCAAAGGAGUACCGGCUGUAUAGAUGCAUAGCACGCUAUGGGUACCAUGAUGUCCACAAGGAUGACUUGGAGUUUGAGAAAGACCUUACUUGUAGCAUUGCAGAAUUUAUUCGGUCAGAGGGGCCACAAGGCAACCUAGGAAUAGAAACUAUAGAAAGUGAUGAAAAAAUGACUGUUGUUGGGACUACUUCCUCAAAUUUGGAUGGUGUAAAAAUGUGCGAAGAUGAUGGUGUUUCUGAAAUUGUAGGCUCUUCAGAGAUGAGGGAGCCAAAGUGCACAGAGAAGACAAGAAAAAAAGUAAGGUUUAUUUUGCCAGCGAGUCCACAGGUCGAUCUCAGCACACAAGAGGAGUUACAGGAGCUGAUGGAUGCAAGGGAGGCAGGAAUGGCGUUUAUACUUGGACACAGCUAUGUUAGAGCAAAAUCAGGGUCAAGUCUGAUGAAGAAAUUUGUGAUAAAUCUGGGGUAUGAUUUCCUGAGAAGAAACUCCAGGGGACCAACUUAUGCUAUAGGAAUUCCUUGUGCAUCGACUCUAGAGGUUGGGAUGAUUUACCAUGUUUAAUUUUGAGCAUACAGUAUAUUUGUGUAUUCAAUUACUUUGUUUCUUACAAUCAUAUUGUAUAUGAAAGAUCACUGUUUCUCACAA